AUGGGACAAAGCCUGUCCGCUCGCUUCGAGUGGUCGAAGGAACCAGCAAGCGACAAGGCGGACGCCACCGGCGCAUUGAAAACGUCGGUCACCAACCAGGACCUGCUUUAUGAUCUUGUCCGAAUGAUUGAGCAGCUUUGCAAAGGACAUCCAGCUGAGGCAAAGGCAGAGUUCAGGAGGCCGUUGCAGUGGGCUUCUGCGUUGAAGCCUGCCAACUUUACUGGAGCGGGGGAUAAGUGGGAUGUAAAUACUGCAACGAGGUUCAGUGUUAACUCGACGGAGAAUCGGUCUGAUGGGCAACCUCUAUUCCAUCUGGAGCAAACGUCAACCGAUGCCUCAUCAUUCACAGCGCAUGCGUCUUCUUUCGAGAUACUGAAUCGAGUCCUUCAAAUUGCCGACGAGAAGAAACUUACAGAGUUGCAAGGCAUAAUUCAGGCCAAUCGGGACCCGGCCAAGGUCAUUUUCGGUGUGAGCGGAGAGACUGCCUUGGUCGAUGCGUUUGAAGCAUUCACUACCGAGAGUGAUCCACGGAAGCGAGAUCAGUAUGGGAAGCUCUAUAAGCUACUUCUGGUGGUCAACUCGUUUGAUCUGCAACUGAUGAAAACGGCGGUAGCGGAACUUCGAAAGGACAAAACGUUAGACAUCCACAAAGUCACGGAAGAGCUCCUCAUGCUCCAAUCUUUCUGCGGUCGGCAAGAAAGUAGGGCAUUGAUUUCGAUCGAUUGGGAGUCAGACUACACAUUCGCAAACGGGUACAAGGCGCCGCCAUGGCGGCAAGUGUAUGGAGAGCUAUGCUAUUUGGAGGUGCAGCCUUUUGACCGCGGAAAGUUCAUGGUGACAGCUAGCAAACGCGGAUACUUUGUGAACAAAGGAUAUGCCGCUGACGAAAAGGGUCAUGAGCGUCUGCAAUACGAAGCAGAUUCAGAUGUAUUCCCGUCCCUCAUUGACCUCCUCCGCGCCACGUCCCCUCAUUUCGCUGCAACCAUCGAGAACCAGGCAUAUCAUUUUGAGCCACCAGCAGGAGAAUCAGAGACCUCUGCCGAAUUCGAUGUUGGAGGGGUAGGACAAACGUAUCAGAAUCAUCCAUCGGAUGAUGGUGAUGAUGACAGGGAUCAUACGGACGAUAAUACUCCUCGUAAAUCAGAGCCGGGGCAAAAGAGGAUUGCGGCGACCAGGAAAACCAAGCUCAAGGCGGCGGCCAAGCCGCGAGCAUAUGAGCCAUCCCUCAAAUGGAGAGCAUUGGGUCUCUCCGAAGAGGGGCGAGCGAAUGACUCGAGAAAUGGGAGGAAAGUGGAGAAGCAAAGGCAGGGCAGGUCGCUAUCCGCUGGCAGGGAGAAAAAGGGCGGCCGCGGCCGUCACGGCGUGGACGAGGAUGAUAUGUCAGAUAAUGACUCGGAAGAGGAACAGCAAGAAAAGAGACAAGAAAUCUCAGAGCUUCCCGCCGAAUACUACCAGAUCCAGAAAUUGGUGAAAUACCUGCGGGCAGGCAACCAAACUGCGACCAUCAUCGCCAUAUGUUCCUUGCGAGACUUCGACUUGACCAACGAAUUCAAUCAAACAGCAAUCCGUGAUGUUGGCGGUCUGGAGACGUUGGUGAAUCUUCUGGAUACAGACGAUCCGAAAUGCAAAAUCGGCGCCCUGAAGAUCCUGAAGGAUGUUUCACAAAACGUCGCAACACGUUCAGCUCUUUCCGAUCUCAGUGGGAUGCAGCCCCUGGUUCAACUUCUUGCCGAUCACGACCGAGAGGCCAAAUGCCUCGCAGCGGAGACUAUCGCACAUUGCGCGAAGAAUGCGCGCAACCGACGAGCCGUCCGAAAAUUCGGUGGAAUCCGCAAGCUUGUCCGCCUACUCAAAGCCAAACCCGGCAGCGAAGACGAACAAGUCGCUAUGGCAGGGGCGCUAGCUCUGGCAGCGCUAAGUAAAAGCGCCCGGAACAAAGAAGCAAUCCAGGAAGCCGGCUCCAUCCCUCUCCUCGCCAAUCUGCUCGAAUCCCAGAACGAGCGACUCCUCAUCCCGGUGGUCGGGAUCCUCCAAGAGUGCGCCUCCGACGCCCACUACCGCGCCGCCAUCCGCGGGUCGGGCAUGAUCAAGUUCCUCGUCGAGAACCUGGCGAGCAAGAACGAAGCGCUGCAGACGUAUUGCGCCAGUGCGAUCUUUAAAUGCGCCGAAGAAGACGAGACGCGGACGUUGGUUCGGCAGUACAAUGGGCUGAGCUCUCUGGUGAACCUGCUGGACAACACGACGAAUAAGGAGCUGUUAGCGGCUGCGACCGGAGCCGUGUGGAAAUGCGCCCAGAAUCUGGACAACGUAGCGGCAUUCAAUAAGCUUAAUACCAUCAAGAAAUUGGUGAGUCUUAUGGAGAAUCAGCCCGAAGAUGUGCUGGUUAACGUCGUCGGAGCGCUCGGAGCUUGCGCACAAACCGUUGAAGGAAGGCAGGCCAUCAAAGAGAGCAAUGGCAUCACCCCUUUAGUCAACCUCCUAACCGGAACAAAUCAAGCACUCUUGGUCAACGUCACGACCGCAGUUGGAGCAUGUGCUUUGGACACGGAUUGCAUGGCCAUCAUCGAUCGGUUGGACGGAGUCCGUCUGCUUUGGUCGUUAUUGAAAUCGACCAAUCCUUUGGUUCAAGCUUCCGCCGCUUGGGCCAUUUCGCCCUGCAUCGAACAUGCCAAGGAUGCAGGAGAGAUGGUCCGCUCGUUCGUCGGUGGAUUGGAGCUCAUUGUGUCUUUGCUGAAAUCCGACGAUGUGGACGUGCUCGCCUCUGUUUGCGCGGCCAUCGCCAACAUCGCGAAGGAUGAGGAGAACUUAGCCGUGAUAACUGACCACGGCGUCGUGCCAAUGCUCGGCAAGCUCACCAACACCCGCAACGAUCGCCUUCGUCGUCAUCUCGCGGAAGCCAUCGCUAGGUGUUGCCAUUGGGGCAACAACCGAGUGGCGUUCGGGACAGCUAGUGCAGUCGCGCCUUUGGUCAAGUAUCUGCGAUCGCCGGAUGAGGAGGUGCAUCGAUCGACGGCGAGGGCGUUGCAUCAGUUGUCUAUGGAUCCUGAUAAUUGCAUUACGAUGCACGAGAACGGUGUGGUACAACUGUUGCUUGGAAUGGUGGGGUCUCCGGACCAAAACCUGCAAGAAGCGGCUGCUGGCACCAUCGGGAACAUCCGUCGGUGA